CGCAACUUGAUUUGGCAUUCCGUCGUUGGCCAAGCAUCUGAAGCGCGUCCGUCCGAUGAACCAAGAGAGCGGCGUCGACAAGCUCAAGCGCAAGUUUAUGGAGAACCCAUUUGUCCCGGUGGGGGCGCUCCUGACUACAGUCGUCCUCGUCGGUGGCAUGCGUACCUUCAUGGUGGGUGGCGAUUCGCGAACACAACAACGGUACAUGCGAGCUCGCGUGGUUGCCCAAGGCGCGACUGUGGUUGCCGUCGCGGCCGGCAGCGUGCUUUACGACAAGAACUCGGUAGGACGAAAGUGGUUGAGAGAACGAGGCAUUUUCCUACCGGGAGACGAUGCCGAGCCCGCUGCCGAAUCAACCUAAGCAUAAUCAAAUGUUCACCUGUCAUGCAAGUUGCGAACGACGAUCAGCUGCGUGCAAGACGCGUCUAAUGGUAUAUAUAUAUUACGCCAUAAAGAAGAGGAAGAGCACGACAAACACGAGGAGUAUGCCGCCGACCUUCAUCAUGAGGGCGCUGUUGCUGAGAUUAUUGCGGAAGAUCUCGAGCUGGCGCGUGCCCUGGUCGACGUUCCGUACGGCGUCGUCGACGUUU